AUGCAGCCGCCCAAGCACAGCAGCAACACAAGCGCCGCGCCUCCAGCAGCGGCCGGGACGCGGCGCUCUCGUCGCGACAGCAACUGCAGCAGCGGCAGCGGCAUCGACGCCGACGCGCGGCGGCCGGCGCUGGCCUCGGUCUCCGCCUCCGCCCCCGUCUCGGGCCUGAGCCCCCGACUCUUCCGCGUGCUCAAUGAAGCCAACGCGCCCGCGCUCGCGAUGGACGCGGCCGGCCGCGUGACGUUCUGGAACCUUAAGCUCGCGCAGAUCUCCGGGCUGCUGGCCAGCGACGUCGCGGGCCGCCCCGUGACAGAGCUGGUGACGGCGGCCAAGGCCGCGGAGCUCACGCGCGGACUGGAGCAGGCACUGGCGGACGCCGACACGACCGUGAGAGAUGUCGAGAUUGAACUCAACACGCCCGAACUCGGCCGGAACGUGACGCUGCUCGUGAACCUGACGGUGGACGCGGACGACAACGAGGCGGCCAGCGUCGUGGCCAUCGGCCAGGACGUCACAGUGUCGGCCCUGCAAGGCUCGCAGUUCGCGCGCGUGACGCAUCAGGCGAGCGCGCCAAUCGUGGAGCUGGAUCGCGACGGACACAUUGUGCUGUGGAAUCCCAAGGCGGAGGCGCUGACGGGCUACUGCUUUGACCAAGUCACAGGCACGCCACUGGUUGACCUGGUGCACGAAGACUUCCGCGUGCUGGUGGGUGAACUGCUGGCGCGCGUGGCUUCUACCAACACAUCAGUAUCAGAGUUCGAGUUGCCGCUUGUGACGGCCAGCGGCGCGCGUGUGGAGCUGCUGCUGAGCUUGACGCCGCAGGUUAGUGUGGAUAGCGCUGGCGCCACCGUGAACCGCAUCGUGGCCAUCGGACAGGACGUGACUGCGCGCAACGCCAGCGAGAUGGAGUACAGCAAGCUGGUGGACUCGGCUAACGCCCCCAUUUUCGGCGUCGACGCGGACGGGUGCGUGGUAAUCUUCAACAAAAAGGCUGCCCAGAUUAGUGAAUAUUGGCCGGGUGAGGUCAUGGGCGUUGACCUGGUGUCGUUCUUGAUUCACGAAGACUAUCGCGAGGAAGUUGCUGCAGUGUUCCAGAAGGCGCUACGCGGUAUUGAGACGGCUAACUUUGAGUUUCCUCUGAUCACAAAGCACGGCCGGAAGGUCGAGAUUCUGUUGAAUGCCACUCCGCGCUUUAAUCACGCUGGCGCCAUUGUGGGCGUGGUGGGAAUUGGCCAAGAUAUCACCGAGCGUAUCGUGCAGGAGCAAGAGUACAGCCGCCUCAUUGACACGGCCAACGCUCCGAUCGUGGGCGUGGACAAGAAGUUCCGCGUGACUAUUUGGAACAAGAAGGCUGCAACUAUUACGGACUACUCGUACAAGCAGGCUAUCGGCAAGGAUCUCCUUGGAUUCAUCGCUGAGCACGCACGUGAGCCCGUGGCAGACGUGUUGUCCAAAGCAAUGGUUGGUACAGAAACGGCAAACUUUGAGUUCCCUUUGGUGACGAGGACUGGGAGAGUGCUGGACAUUCUACUCAAUGCCACCCCGCGCUUCGAUCACAGCGGUAAAAUUACUGGCGUGGUAGGAAUCGGACAGGACUUCACCGACCAGCGGGCGCAAGAGGAAGAGUACAUCCGACUGAUUGAUACGGCCAACGCACCGAUUUUCGGUAUUGACAUGGACGGACGUGUGGAUAUUUGGAAUCGAAAGGCUGUAGCGAUCACGGAGUACACGGUGCUUGAGGCACGCGGAACUCGCCUGGUUGAGAGUUUUAUUCCGCACGACUACCGCGCUGGCGUGUCCGAUGUGAUGUCGAAGGCUAUGGAAGGUGAAGGUACCGCUAACUUCGAAUUUCCACUGAUUACAAAGACCGGUCGUCGUGUAGAUAUCUUGCUAAAUGCGACCCCGCGCUACAACCAGCACGGUGACAUCGUCGGCGUUGUCGGCAUUGGCCAGGACAUUACCGAGCGUAUCGUGCAAGAGCAGGAAUACAGUCGACUGAUCGACACGGCUAACGCACCCAUCUUUGGAGUCGAUAUGACCGGCCUUGUAAAUAUUUGGAACGACAAGUCUGCCGAAAUCACGCAAUUCACGGCUGACGAGGUCAUCGGUAAAGACUUGGUGCAGGAAUUUAUUUCUGAAGGCUAUCGAUCUGCCGUGGGCUUGGUCCUAUCACAGGCUCUGAAUGGCGUCCAAACCGCCAACUUUAAUUUCCCACUCAUCACGAAGUCUGGGCGUCGCGUGGAGAUUUUGUUAAAUGCCACUCCGCGAUACAAUGAGCUGGGAGAAAUUGUUGGAGUGGUGAGUAUCGGCCAGGAUAUUACGGAGCGGAUUGCGCAAGAGCAGGAAUACAGCCGACUUAUUGACACUGCCAACGCACCCAUCUUUGGAGUGGAUAGCGAAGGUCGCGUGAAUAUCUGGAACAAGAAGGCCGCUGAGAUUAUGCAGUAUUCAACGGACGAAGUCGUCGGUGAAAACCUGGUGGAAAAGUUCAUCACGGAGGACUACCGUGAAGCUGUCAGCGCAGUCCUGUCGAAGGCGCUUGAUGGAGUGGAGACUGCAAACUUUGAGUUCCCGUUGGUCACCAAGGCAGGCCGCCGUGUCGAGAUCCUGUUGAAUGCGACGCCUCGAUUCAAUGAACACGGAACUGUUAUUGGUAUGGUGGGUAUUGGUCAAGAUAUUACGGAUCGUAUCGCACAAGAACAGGAGUAUGCGCGCUUGAUUGAGAAGGCUAAUGCUCCGAUCUUUGGCGUCGACUCGAAGGGACUGAUCAAUAUCUGGAACCACAAGUGUGCUGAAAUGACACGAUUCUCGAAGGAGGAAGCAGUUGGCAAGGAUUUGAUGAGCUGGGCUAUUCCUGAGUUGUACCGUGAUGCUGUGGAAGACAUCCUGUGGAAGGCCCUCGACGGCGAUGAAACAUCAAAUUUUGAUGUCGAACUGAAGAAAAAGAAUGGUCGCACUGUAAACAUCCGCAUGAAUGCGACGGCGCGGUUCGACCAGCAUGGUGAAAUUGUGGGUGUGGUCGGCAUCGGCCAGGACUUGACUGAUCGUAUUGUUCAAGAGCAAGAGUACACUCGCCUGAUCGACACGGCUAACGCACCGAUUUUUGGCGUGGAUGCAAACCUUUGUGUGAAUAUCUGGAACAAAAAGGCAGCCCAGAUUACCAAGUACUCGACGGCUGAGGUUAUCGGUGAGAACCUGGUUGAAACGUUCAUCUCGCCCGAGUAUAGGCCUAUUGUGGCUGACGUGUUCAGCAAGGCUUUAAAUGGUAUCCAGACUGCGAACUUCGAGUUCCCUCUUAUCACUCGUCCCGGCACAAGAAUUGAGAUUCUUCUGAAUGCUACACCUCGUAACGACAUGCAUGGUAACAUUGUGGGUGUCGUGGGUAUUGGCCAGGAUAUUACGGAUCGCAUUGCCCAGGAACAUGAAUACUUCCGUCUGAUCGAUACGGCUAAUGCCCCCAUUUUUGGCGUUGACACGUUUGGAUGCAUUAACGAAUGGAACCAGAAAAUUGAGGAGAUCACGGGCUAUCACAAGUCCACGGUUCUAGGUCUGGAGUUGGUGGAGACUUUUAUUAACCCGGAGAACAGGUCAGAGGUGAGCAAGUUGUUGAAUCAAGCAUUAAUUGGAAUUGAUGUGGAGGAGAUGGAGCUUCCCAUGACAACUGCCGCUGGACGAUCGUUGCUGUUGCUUGUGAAUGCUUCCAGCAAGAAGGACAUGCACGGCAACAUCCGUGGCGUGAUUGGAGUGGGUCAAGACUACACCGCAAAGAAGCACAUGGAGGCAGCGAAGGUGAACUUCCUGGCUUCAUUCAGUCACGAGCUUCGAACGCCGCUGAAUGGUGUACUCGGUAUGCUCGAGCUACUGCGCGACCAGAAGUUGGACAAGACGCCCGAACGCUACGUGCACAUUGCUUACAUUUCGGGUUCGCUGCUGCUGAAUCUAAUCAACGACAUCCUCGACUUGUCGAAAAUAGAAGCAGGGCACAUGGAAAUUUCAGCAGACCCGUUCCAAAUGCAGGAUCUGCUGGAGUACUCAGUGGAGAUCUUCAAGUUCAAGGCGCGCGAAAAGCACAUCAAGCUCACGUUGGAAUGCUCCCCGAAGGUUCCAAAGCGCGUCAUUGGCGACGUGAGUCGUCUUCGCCAGGUGCUGCUAAACUUGCUGUCGAACGCUAUUAAGUUUACGAACGAGGGUUCAAUUACCGUCCGCUGCAACAUGGUGCCAUCACCUGACCUUCCGAAGCAUUGCGUCAAACUGCUGUUCCAGGUCAUCGAUACUGGUGUUGGCAUGGACGACGAAGAGAAAUCGCGCUUGUUCUCACUGUUCACGAAGCUUGAACGUACGCGCAAGAAUAAUCCAACGGGAUCUGGUUUGGGUCUUGCAAUCUGCAAGCAGUUGGUCGAGCUCAUGGACGGUGAUAUUGAUGUGGACAGUGAACUGGGCGAAGGCUCGGAGUUUUUCUUCACUGUUGUCGUUCGUCGCCUGGAAGAGGAGGAGGACGAUCUCAUCCAGAAGUUUCCUGCCGUCUUAGCUGUCGAUGCAAAUGCUACUCCUUCGCUUACAGCCAGCAAUGCGAGGCAUAAUGCGUCGAUGUCGGAGCUGGUGCCAAAACAUGCUCGUAUCUUGGUGGUGGAAGACAAUGAGUUUAACUGGGAGGUCGUCAAGAGCUUCUUCAUGGAAGACAACCACCUGCUACAAUGGGAGACGAACGGCCUGGACGCGUAUCAGAUGUAUCAAGAGCAUCAUGAUUCCUACGACAUUGUGCUGAUGGACUGCGAAAUGCCGAUCAUGAACGGCUACGAUUCAACUCGUAAUAUCCGUAACUUCGAAAAGCAGCACAAGCUUGCGCGCAUUCCCAUUAUCGGAGUUACAGCGUACGCCAUGAGUGGGGACCGCAAGAAGUGCCUGGACGCUGGUAUGGAUGAGUUCAUUGUCAAACCUAUCUCAAAGACGGAGCUGCGAAAGGCUAUUCGCAAGUGGAUGCGUGUUCGAUUCUUGGGACAGCACUGCCCCCGGCCGUCACGAGUCGAAUCCGUGAUCACUGCUGGAGAAGAUUCUGCUGCUACCUCAUCUUGCCAAAACGCUGCCAAUCUGGUAGCUGCGUCUAGACACAAAGAAAAACUGGAUUUGGACCGAGCCAUCUCAGACCUAGAGCUCGAGGAUCCGAUGAUGAUCGGCCAACCUGGUGGAAUUCAGACAGCAGCAGGCUCAGAAGCCUUGCUCAUGUCGCUCACUACCAUCAGCGAAAGCAAAAGUAACCAAUCGAGUACAGGAACUCUUGGACGCACUCUAGGUGCUGCAGAUGGCCAGAAUGAAGCACCUGAAUCGUCAACUACGACCAAACCUUCGAAUGGUGCAGUGGCGCAUCCUGGAAACCUGGUGAACGCAUCGAGUAUUGUGGGUACGAAUUUGUUUGCCGCCGCGAAGGCAGCAGGAAUCUACCCCAUGAAUGCAGUCGAGCCCCCUGCUCCCCGCUCACCUUCGUCAGCUAACGAUACCAACAAUCAGCACGACGCUGGUGAUGCGGCCAGCUCGACAAUGGUAGUGAACAAGGCGGCACGAGCAUACUCGUCGACAAUGGCGCCUGAAGACAUCGUGAUACCAACUGGUGAUCCUAUCGAUUACUCGCUGGGUGUGGAGCAGUGUGGUGCAAACGAGAGUUUGUUCGUGAGCCUGCUGGAGAAGUUCGCAGGUCUGAGCGAGGAGUUCAUGAGGCGUAUCGAGGAGGCGUAUGCCAGCAGUGACUUCGUUGUGCUGCGCCGCGAAAGUCACUCGCUCAAGGGGUCGUCCGCCUACGUUGCAGCCAUGCGUGUUUCUAAGGCAGCAUUCCGUGUACAGCUUGCUACCGAGCACGUGAUGGAGGAGACUGCGACGGCAGAGAACCACAACUCUCUGAAGGACGCCUUCCUGUUGCUGAAGAAGGAGCACCGUGCUUUGCGCGGCUAUCUUCGUCGGAACUUUUCGUUCCGGACGAACGCUGGAAGUGGCAACCAGGACACCAAGAAGAAGAGCGGUAGUAAUGGAGGGGGAGGUGACAAUGCGUGCAUUGUCAUGUAA